GGGCUAAAGAAGAGGAGGAGGUGGAGGAGGUCAAAAGAAGGGAAGGAGAAGGAGGAUUGGGAGAAGGAGGAGUGAAGUAGGAGGAGUGGGAGUAGGAGGAGAAGAUGAAGGAGGAGGAUAAACAGGUGGGAAGAAGAGGAAGAGGAAGAGGAGGAGGAAGGGGGGGGUAUUAGACUUGAGCUGAGCUUCGUGAGAGAAACAGGACCUUAACUGCUCUUCGUCGUUGCGAGCGAGUAUGGCAUCGAGGCGUGGGAGUAUGGACAGCAAGGGUGGUGCGAGUGGCAGCGAGAGUGCUGUGAAAUCAACAGACGUUGCCAGUGAUGAAGGACAAACAGAGGAACGAGAAGGUACAAUUGGCGAUGGAGAGGAAAGAGGAACACCUGAAGCAAGUUUUGACGAGAGUCUGGCUAUGGCGGAUAUCGAUGGCACUCUUGACUCCCUAUGUGACGAUGUGGCUAUCGCGGAUACCGAUGACACUGCUGACUCCUUAUCUGCUGGCCUUGAGGAAGACGACUGGGGUGACUUUGUCGAUAGACAAGCUCUGGCAGAUAUUGAUGCUAUUCUUAAUUCCACUAUGGAUGCCGUAGGCCGGCGGGAAAGUCUGUUACACACGAUGUUUGUCGGCGACCGAUUCAUAAACUUCUACGACCCGGAGAAGUUUCGAGCUAAGGAAGGUCCCAAGCAGCUGCCUUUCAACACUGCGACCCUCCAUCAUUGCUUCGGAUUCGAAGGUUCUCGUCGCUCCAAUAUCCAGUACAUUGCUGAUCAUCUGAUCAUCCACGUCUGUGGUAAUACUGUGCAGACCCUCGACCUUAAGACGAUGGAGCAGAGUUACUUGUGGGGCCUGGAUGGGAAGGGAAUAGGUGCGGUGGCAGUCCAUCCGUCACAAAGGUUCUUUGCGGUGUGCGAGAAGGGCGUUUCUCCGAAUGUUUACGUGUACGAGUACCCCUCUCUCAGGCUGUACAAAGUGCUGAAAGGGGGGACAGAGAAUGCGUACAGUACAGCGCUUUUCAGCUCGGAUGGCCUGAAGCUAGCGACGGUUGGAUCGUUUCCAGAUUUCUGGCUCACGUUGUGGAAUUGGGAGGCAGAGAAGAUCAUCCUGCGAUCUAAGGCUUUCUCACAAGAGGUAUUUCGCAUCUCCUUCUCGGAGUUCUUUCCGGGUCAGUUGAUAACCAGCGGCACUGGACACAUCCGGUUCUGGAAGAUGGCAUUGACGUUCACGGGGCUGAAACUGCAGGGAGAGAUCGGCAAGUUUGGUCAAACGCCGUUAAGUGACGUGGCCGGAUAUGCCGAGCUGCCGGAUGGAAAAGUCUUAUCGGGAACAGAAUCCGGCAGCUUGCUGAUGUGGGAUGGGGGGCUCAUCAAGUGUGAAAUCAGGAAGCCAGAGGGUGUACCUUGCCACCAAGGCAUGAUUGAGGAGGUGUUCCUGGAUCGGGAUAUGGGGCAGAUCGUCACGGCAGGAGUGGAUGGGUACGUAAAGUUUUGGAGCUUUGAAGCGAUCGACGCUGCGGAUACGAUUGAUGAGAAAUCAACGGUGGAGAUCGAACCGGUUGAGGAGAUAUGCAUCGGAGCAGGUGUGAGGAUCAAGUCUCUGCUGCGGGAACCGGACCAUUGGCUGAUUCAGGACGAGGGAGGAAGUCUGUUGAGGGUGCAGCUGCCAACCUACAGACCCAUCAAGCUGCUGGACUUCCACAUGGGCUCGAUCUCUGCCAUUGAUUGCUCUCCCAUAAGCCAUCAUGCGGUCACAGGUGGCUCGGAUGGAACUAUACGGUUGUUUGACUACCGAAGGAAGACUCAUCUGCACUCCCGCCGCUUCAAUGCUGCCGUGACCACCCUCUCCUGGCUUCCCAAACAUGUGGAGUCGUCGGGCAGGACUGUAAUUUCCGGCUUCGCUGACGGGGUUGUUCGUGUCCUCUCGUGCUCUGCCACGUCUUGGGAUCUCCGUCAUGUCCUCAAGCCUCACAAGGCUGCGGUGAAUGCCAUUGCUGUCACACACGAUGGACAGGUGGUGGCCAGUGCUUCUGCUGAUGCUACCGUCUUCUUCUUCGACCAAGUAACGACCUUCGGGCCCAUAGGGUUCGUGGAACUCACUGCAGUUCCCAGCUGUAUGUCCUGGUCGGAAGAUGGUUCGAGGCUGUUGUUCGGUUGUGUUGAUGGCUCCGUGUUCGAGAUGUCCCGACCCAAUGCGCUCGUGGACACAACGAAGACGUUCCGAUUAGACAUAACCACGCGUGUGAUCGACUUCAAAAGGCCGGUGAUUGCGGCGCCCAAGAAGAAACAGAGACGGCAAAGGAAGCAGCCAGGGCACCCAGCUUCUUCGAGGCCGGCUGCUGAUGAGCCUUCCAGCUCUGCCGGCAGUGCAGCUGGUGAUGGUGUUGCUGCUGGUGGAGGUGCUGCUGAUGGUGGGGCCGUGCCCGGCAAACCGACAGUAGGAGUAGGAGUAGGAGGAGGAGAGAAUGAAGGGGAGGAAACGGAGGCUGCUGGAUUGGAAGGUGAAGAACCGACAGGCGACGGUCAGGAGGGAAAAACUGGAGAUGAACCUCCGGCGGAGUCCAGGGGGAGCAGACGAGCUUCGUUGGAGUUGCUUACGGAUGGCAGCAAAGCACCACCUGCGGGUAAGGGUGGUCCACGCAGCCGGGCUGGCUCUGUCUCAGAGCAGGGUGGAGGAAAGGAUGGUGAUUCCCAGCUGCAGCCUGAUGCCCCUGGUGACACCAACGAAAAUAAGGAGGCCGCCGGAAGUCAUUCCCAGAAGCGGCGAAGCUCUUUACGAGACAAGCCAGCGGGGGAUGAACAACCCAAGGGUGGUGGUCGAAGAGACAGCACCACGAAGGGGGGGGGAACUGGGCCCGCAAAGGGGGAGGUAAGCAAGGAGGAGGGGGAGGAAAACGAGGAUAAAGUGCCUUUUCCCGUGAGGGCCAUCCUUUUUAAACCUCGAUCUAGCGGGAAGUCAUUCUACCUUACCCUGGGGGGUAGAGCGAAGGGGGUUCUGUACGAAUGCAAUACAGAGAACGGCAACGUGAUUGCUACGGUACCAUUGCACUCUGCUUCGGCUGUGUCCUCCCUCAGGCUCACUCGCUCUAUUCGUUUCUUGCUGACGGGGUAUGAGGACGGCGUGGUUAGGCUUGAGUAUGCUCCAUGGAUUCAACCACAACCAGAGCUCCACUUGUGGGAGAAGUGUUUACACGACGGUUUCUCUGGCACUGUAAAUGGAGUGGCGACCAGUUUCGAUGACACCUUCCUGCUCAGUGUGGCCAGCGAUGGCAGCUUCUUUGUCCAUUCUCUGACUCUGGACGGGACGAUGCAGAGGGAAGGGGAGACAGGGACUUUGCUGAGGAGCACUACCGUUGCUCCACCUGCAGCUGAAGGGCUGCCCGUGUACACGGAUGCCAUGGAGGAUAUAGUCAGUGUAACGGAAUAUAGCAUGGAGGAUAGCAAGCAGAAGAAAGAGCAUGAUAACCUGAUAGCAGCAGCAAACUUGAAGAAGGCCUCGGUGAGAGAGCAGCUGGCCAAGCUCCGCGAGGAAUUCGCACAGCUGAUUGAAGAGAAUAUGUCCAAACCUCCCAGGGAACAGCUACCCCCCGAGGAGUUUGAUAUUGACUCCGGCUUGCGAGGGUUGAUAGAGACACAGACGCAAGAGAAGAUCGCAAUGGCAGAGAAGGAGCUGCAGUGGGAGAGUGAGAAGAAGAGCAUAGCUUUGGCGAAGCUUCGACGAUGGUUCCUGGAUGAUGUGGAGGUGGAACGGGUGGUUCUUCGAGCGUUCAUGAGCAAGAGGAAUGUGACCACAUUUCGAACAGCUAAGUUGUCGGCUCAGAUGCUUGAGAGCAUCGAGAAUGCUCAUAAGAUGUUGGAGGAGGAAGAAAGGCAGAGAGAGAUUCGUGAGGAGGAGGAGAAGAAAGCACGUGAGUUGGUCACCCGCACUUUCUUCUCAAGCAUUAUCCUGCCUCAACCACGCGCUCAUGCAGGGGAAGCCGCUACUCAGGAGCCCUCCCCCUCUCCUACCAACCCUGCUAACUCUUCUUCUCCUACUUCCAACCCUACUAAUGUGGAGGAGAGGGACACGUCUCCACCCCCUUCGAGAAGCAAUCAGUUGCACUCUCCAGAGGAACAACAUAAAAGUCCACGUCCACCAAGCGCCGGGCCCAAGUUGUCCAAGCAGGAGCAGCGCCGGCUGCAGCGGGAGAAACGUCAGGAGGAGUGGGCAGCCUUCAUGAAAACGAAGCCGUCCGACGACUACCAGAAUCCGGACGACGUGGCUUCCAUGGAAUGGGCCAGGACCCACAUGGGGGACUUCAAACUUAAAUCUGAUUCCAAUUACAUCCUGCCGGAACACAAGCGGGAGAAUGCAGUCAGGAAAUGGCAGCAAAUGGUCCUUCUUCAAGAGGCCAUACACUCACACAAGAUGGACUUCAACAAGAAGUUGUUGGCACUGCGAGAUGUGAAAGCCAAAGUGGUGGAGAGCAUCAGUAAGGACAAUGCCAGGAUCACAGAGAUCAAUAUAUACCUUAAGAUGGAGUCAGCGAACCAGUCGUUGCUGAAGCCUCAGACAUACCCGGACGAGUACCCAGAGCGAAGGGACAUUGUUACCAGGGAAGACCUGAUAGCCUUCAACAAGGAACAGAGAAAAGCCGGAAAGGAUGGGAAGAAGGGGAAAGGAGCUUCUCUCUUGGGAGGGUUCUCGACAGCCAUGGCAUCUGCGCAAUCACCGACAACGGGAGGGGGUGGAGGAGGGGAAGAGGAGGACAUGGAAGAAGAACCACCGAGUGUCCUCCUGGGGGGAUCUAUUGGCAAGAUGACCCUGGGCAAAGCGGGGCCCUCGUCCCCAACGGUCGGCACUUUCCCUGCCGGAGCUGGGGCCUGGGAGAAGGCGUCGGCAGCAACCUUGACGUCGGCUGGCGAUGGUUCUGUUGCAGGAGGGGGGCGGACCAGUCCCGCACCUGCAAGUGGAACCGACUCCCAACCGCAUACUGCAGCAAGGCCCUGGCAUCUGGUGAAAAACGUGACGGUGAUGGUCCCAUCUGGGACCACACGAAGGGACGAGCAGGAGAUCUGGUGGAAAGGCCAAGAGAACCUGCAGAUGUCCGAGCUCGAGUUCGUGGAACAGGAGAUGGUCAACCGACGGCUGAAACACGAGAAGUCAAAGUUGCAGGAGAGAGUCAACACUGUGGUCAACGCCUUUGACGAAGCCCUGGAAGAUCUACGGCGAAGGAAGUUCCGAUUGGAAGCAGACUUGAAGAACGCUGAUCUGAGAAUGCUUGUGUACUACCGGGAACUUGCUCUCCUCAAAGAGUUUGGCAAGCAAGAUGCUCAACUGCAGUCCAAAUACAGCGCCAAGGUGGCUGAGCGGUCGGACAUUAUGCUGAAGCUGGCUGAUAACGAAGAGAAGAUCGAGAAUAAGAAACAGAUCUUCGACAAGCAGUCAGAGAGGAAGCAAGCUGUCGUCGCCAACUUCGAUGCUGUCGUUGAUGCCAACCAUCCUUUCAGAGAGCAGCUGUCCAAAAUCUUCUACAGGAGAAUCAAGAGGAGCAAGAAGAAGCAGAGAAGCAACACCGACAACGCGGACGACGACUCGGAAGAUUCCGACGAUCUUGACGAUGUUGACGAAGGUAGAGGAGACGAGGACAUGGACGACGAUGACGAUGAAGAAGAGGUAUGUCCGCCGGGCUGUGACUCCGGUCUUUACGAGAAAGUUUGCGAGCUGAGGGAGCGGAAACUGGACCAAGACGAACUGAUCAACGAGAUCCAGAAGACGCUGGACACGCUGAAGAAGGAGAGAGAGGGACUACACAAGAAGCAGAAGAACAUUGAAGCAGCAGUUAAGGGGGUGGAGAAAGAGAUGGAGGACUUCGAGAAGGAGAAACAGUCCGCUCUCAAUCAGAUUGACGUGGUGGUUACGUUGAAGAUGCACCAGAUUGAGUACUUAGUGGAUGGCGUGCUGCCCUCCGAUCUGACCCAUGCUCUGGUGUUCUCCACCACGGCUCUGCAAGGCCUCAAAGAGAGGAUUCGUGAGCUUAUCACCGAGAAAGCCGAGCUUAGGAAACAGCAGCGCGAUCUGAAGCGGUACCAGGCCUCGCUGCUCAAAGACAGGAAAGCAAAACAAGCUCGGAUAGGAGAACUUGAGGCUCGAGCUCACGACGUCCAGAUGCUGAAGUUUGGUCAAGUGAUUGACCUCGAAUUGCUGGACCGCGUCAACUGUCAGAAAGGCUCGGAUGAGCUCAAGGAUGAGCUGACAAAGCAAAGCGCCCAGCAUGCCAAGGAGAUAGCUCACUGGAACCAGAGAAUUCAUGAUGCAGGGGAGCAGUUGGCCAAGCUGACCCAAGAGAACACUGCCUGCCUGGAAAAGGCGGCAGAUCUGACACAACUGCAGAGAUCGCUGGAGAGUGUGCUCAACGCAACCCAAACCACUCUGAUGAAGGACCCUUCACUCACUUUCAAGAAGGAGCAGGAAGAGAGGGACAAGCUCUUACACAUCGUUCAUGCUCAAGCUGCAGAGAUAGAAUCGUUGAAGACAGAGAUAGCCGCCCUGCGCAGAAAGGGGGGCAAUCUCCAUGCCCUCUUGGCGCAGAUUCACGACCCCAUUUCAAAUCUCAAUGCGAGCCCCUCUUUUAAGUCUGACUCCUUUAGAAAGGGCAUGCCACCCAUCAAGGCCGCUGGCCGGGGAAAGUGAGCCCCUCUUUCAAGUCCGACCCUUCCCCCCCCCCCCCCUGAGAAAACAUCUCUGCGCUACCCUUGUUCCCCCGUACGGAAUGCACCCUAAUCAUGAACGUAUACAGGGUAUCUUCCCUGUCGUACAUUGUCAUGAUGAGGGUGCAUUGUGCUUGGGGGAACACAGUAGCUUUCUAUUCUGGAGAAGAGAGGAGCACCCCCACAAUUGAACCUGUCUCUUAUACACAUCUAGAUGUGUAUAAGAGACAGCCCUCCCCCCCCCCAAAAAAAAGAAAGAAAAAAGAAAAAAGAAAAAAAAAGAAUAGAACGGGCUGAGUGGUGUUGUGUUAAAAUAGAUAAGUAAAAAUAGCACAGCAUAGAACGGGCUGAGAGGUGUGCAAGAUAAAUAAGUACCAGCGAG